AUUGGCCCACCCCUGGACGCGAAUGUGGAUAAUGCGAAGGUGGCCUUUUGGUGCCGCCGAGCAAUUGGGAAUUGGGGCUGCUUCGAUUCCGAGCUGAGCAGGAGUUUCGAUUUGGAGGUGCGCGAACGUGGAAGUAUCUCUCAGCCGGGCCGUUUGCUGGCUUCAAUUGCGCCCGCGUGAUAGAAACACAUUGGUCGCAUUUCCAUACAUUCGAUCCUCUGCCCACGCCCGUCGUCCUGGCCCGACCGACCGCACAGCAGAGAGAGCCAAGCCGCCCAUCAGCCUCACUGCCCUCGAGGGGAGACGACGUUGCGCCUGCACCCCUGAGCGCGACACAAAGCCCGCCAUCGCCGAUUCGAAACCAUGGCACCCAAGUCGAGGUUCACAAGGCUCGACGCCUUCACAAAGACCGUCGAGGACGCGAGGAUCAGGACGACCUCGGGUGGCAUCAUCACCAUAGUCUCGCUGAUCGUCGUGCUCUACCUAGCGCUAGGAGAAUGGUCCGACUACCGCAGGAUAGCGAUACAUCCCGAGCUCGUGGUCGACAAGAGCAGAGGUGACCGAAUGGAGAUCCAUCUCAACAUAACCUUCCCACGGAUGCCUUGCGAACUCCUUACGCUGGACGUCAUGGACGUGUCGGGCGAGCAGCAGCACGGAGUGCAACACGGCGUGGUCAAGGUCCGCCUGCAGCCGCAGUCGGAGGGCGGCGGCGUCAUCGACGUCAAGGCGCUCUCGCUGCACGCCGACGAGGACUCGGCCACGCACCUGGACCCCAAGUACUGCGGCCCCUGCUACGGCGCCCCCGCGCCCAGCAACGCCGCCAAGGCCGGGUGCUGCAGCACGUGCGACGAGGUGCGCGAGGCGUAUGCGCAGGCGUCGUGGGCGUUUGGCAGGGGCGAGAACGUCGAGCAGUGCCUGCGCGAGCACUACGCCGAGCGCCUGGACGAGCAGCGCCAAGAGGGCUGCCAGAUCGCCGGCAGCCUGCGCGUCAACAAGGUCAUCGGCAACUUCCAUCUCGCCCCCGGCCGCAGCUUCAGCAACGGCAAUAUGCAUGUGCACGACCUCAAGAACUACUGGGACACCCCUGUCGACGGCGGCCACUCUUUCAGCCAUGUCGUGCACUCCCUCAGCUUCGGCCCGCAGCUACCCCUCGAGGUACAGAAGCGCCUCGACAGGGGCAGGUCGCUGCCCUGGGCCGACCACUCGCACCAGCUCAACCCGCUCGACGGAACGAGCCAGGAGACGGCCGACCCCAACUUCAGCUUCAUGUACUUCCUCAAGAUCGUCCCUACUUCGUACCUCCCCCUCGGCUGGGAGGGGCGUCGGGCCAAGAUUGCCACCGGCAACCACGACAAGGACUCAUGGGUUGGCACCUAUGGCUACUCUCCCGACGGCGCCGUCGAGACGCACCAGUACUCGGUCACCAGCCACAAGCGCAGCCUGGCGGGCGGCGACGACGCGGCCGAGGGCCACCAGGAACGCCUUCACUCCAAGGGCGGCAUCCCGGGUGUUUUCUUUUCCUACGACAUCUCCCCGAUGAAGGUCAUCAACCGGGAGGAGCGACCCAAGACGUUUGCGGGUUUCCUGACCGGCCUGUGUGCCAUUCUCGGCGGUACUCUGACGGUUGCCGCCGCGGUGGACCGGACCUUUUAUGAGGGCGCGACUAGGCUGAAGAAGAUGCGCUCCAAGGACCUCUGAACAGUCAGUGUACAAAUGAGGUGGACCGGAAGUGGGCGUGUUGGUGCCCUGUGAAAGUCAGAUGCGGGAUACAGCGCAGCGAGAAUACAGGCCAGAAAAAGAAGGGGAUUCCAAGUAUAAAAUUAGUUCAUACUACUGGGUGGGUUUUGUCAGUUUCUUUACAGUGGUUCACGAGCUUGCUCUUGUUUCUUUCUCGCAUAGUCUGUGGAGUUGGUAUUGGAUCCGAAUAUAGUCGCAACUCGACGAACCCAAUGGGCGUCUGGGGCCAUCCCAAACUUGUGCUUGAUCGUUUCGAAAGUUGCGACGUCUCACGAAUCAGUCACCUCUUCCUUCUCGGCUAGGUAGUUGCACUCGAUUCAAUCAUGAACCUGACAGGCAGCUCACGACAGACGAGCCAAAUACAGCUGGGGAUUGUGGUGGAUGAUGGCGCGGGAGCGCAUGUUGUUCGUGCAGUCGCCGGGAUUCACGCAGCUGCAACGAGCGAGGCGGCCCCCUCGGUGGUCCCUGCGCAGCCAGGCCCUUGGCGUUGCG